AUGGACAGGUUAACCAAGAUUGCUCACUUUAUUCCUAUUAGAGCUAACUACUUAGUGGACAAGUUGGCUCAGGUGUACGUGGCUGACAUAAUAAGGUUGCAUGGAGCUCCAGUGACAAUAGUCUCUGACAAAGGACCACAGUUCACAUCAAGGUGGAUAGUCGAAAAAGCCAUACAGACUUUGGAGGAUAUGCUGAGAAUGUGUGUACUUGACUUUGGUGGAUUGUGGAAAAAGCACAUUCCCCUACUUGAGUUUGCAUACAAUAAUAACUAUUACUCUAACAUUGGAAUGGCAUCAUAUGAAGCUCUAUAUGGGAGGAAAUGUAGGUCUCUUAUGUGUUGGGAGGAAGUUGGUAAAAGAGCCUUAGCGGGAACAGAGUUGGUAGAAGUCACCAAUCAAGCCAAGCUCUUAAUUAAGGCAAGGUCGAAGACAGCAACCAGUAGACAAAAAAGUUAUACAGAUCUCCAUAGGAAAGAAGUGGUUUUUCAAGAGGAGCACAUGGUGCUUCUAAAGGUAUCUCCAAUAAAAGGUGUCAUCCAAUUUGGAAAAAGAGGCAAGCUAGCUCUAAGAUGCUCAAGUAAGGAAGCUGAGGAACAAGGAGAUACUGAUGGUUAA